AUGCGACCGGCGAAAGCGGCAGCCUUUGCGGCUCUUACCCUCCAGACUUCCCUCGUCGGCGCCCUCCGCGUCGCAAAUGGCUCGCCUUGCUCGAGCAAGUGCGGCAACGACCUGUUCUCCACCGAAGUCGAAAACAUUGUUUGCGACGAGGGCGGCUUCUCCAGCGGCGAUGGAUUAGUGUUUAAGAGCUGCGUGACCUGCGAGUCGAGGAGUUCCUACGUGACGGAGAGCGCGACUGGCAAAGAGACGGACGUGCAAUGGUUGGUUUACAACUUGCGCUACGCGGCGGCCUCUUGUCUGUAUGGGUAUCCCGACGGUCAUGCCGAAUCUAACCCCUGCCUUAUUGGGCCUUCUUGCGAGCCACUCAAACAGGCCGUGAUCCAUGAAAACAUGGCAGCCAAUGUGUCGACGUACGACUACUGUGCCGCAUGGCAGCCUCUUCAGCUUCCAAAGUGUCUUUCCUGCCUGUCCAUCGGCGGUGGAAACCACUUCCUACGAAACUACCUCACCGUUCUCGGCGCAGCCUGUGAACAACAGCCCCUAGCCGGCAAGGUCGUCGGCAUCGAAGGCGACAUCUUCUCCACCGACAUCGUCAACGGCACCGACAUCACCGCCAUCCCUACCCUGUCCCCGGAUUACUUCAAGGAGGGCUCCUUUGGCCUCGGCGCCAAGGUCGGCGUCGCCUUUGGCUCUCUCGCCUUCCUCCUCAUCGUCGCCGGCUUCCUCAUCGUCUGCAUCGGUAAACGCAAGCGCCGCUCGUACCUCCGCCAGCUCGAGUCCCGCAACGGCGGCGGUUUCGGCGGUUUCGGCAACGCGUCUUCCCCACCGGCGGGGCCCACACUCACAAAAGCUGGGCCGGCCACCUAG